ACAAAGAACCAUCAAGUCAAUAUACCAUACCAAAAAAAAGGUAUAGUUUCAGCCGACAGCGUUUUCGGAUGGGUGUUUGCGGGUAUCACCUCAACCCAAUUACGCUUCUUUUGUUAAAUAGUCUGCAUGCGGCAAAAUGCCAUGUGCGUGCAUGCAUCCCAUUCACAAACAUACCCCACCAUAUCUGUCUAUAUUAAUUUUCUCCGCACAGCUAACCAACAAAGCAACGAAAAAAGCUUUUGCCCUAAAGCGAAAAAUGAAAAAAGGGACCAUUGUCCUCAUAGCCGUUGGUGCAAUCGCGUGUGGGAUGCAAUUGACCAAUGGAGUCACUCAAUGGUCUCCUCAAGCAUCUAGGCGCAGCAUCUCCUUAAGAAAACGCCUGCUAUCCUAUCGUAUCUGCAUCCAUGGCCGUGUUCAAUCCAUCGUCAUCAUCAUUUUUAACUUCACCAUUGCGGAUAUGAAAUUAGUUGGCACUCUGCACUGGAUUGGUAUCACCAAGAUGCAUGGCCCCCUCUUUUCUUUCCCCCUUCUUGUUAGGGCUCCUAGCCCAGACAGAGCGACAUCAGCAACAGCCAUUGCUUGGUGUCCAUUGCUGAGCGACUCCAUCCUUUCUCCUUUCUAUUACUGCUGAAGGUCGCUAUUGUUGUUCCUCCGCUGAGUCUCCCUCUUGAUGGUGUCUUCGAUUGUUAUUCCUCGGUUUCCGGUUUAGCGAUUAUCAUACUUUGUGCUUGUGCUUCCUGCAGUAUUAUUAGUACUACUUACUAUUCACACCGUAAUAUUUUUUUAAGAGCAAAGGACAAGAAAAAGAAACCUCAAUAUCAGAGCCUUUCCUUCAUCGCUCGCAACCUCUGUCUUUUGCUCGUUGUUCAACCU